UUAAAACAGAGCAAAAAGAAAUCUGUUGUUGACAGGAAAGUUACUGGAGAGAAGAAACGAAAAAUUAAAAUGCAUUCAUUUCUGAUUUGUACGAUUGUGAUAUUUGUUUGCGCAUACGCACAAGUCUCAGUACCACCGGGCUACAAAGAAAAAUAUCCACAAUACUAUUAUUCGAAGCAAGCCCGUCAUCCCAGAGAUGUGACGUGGGACAAACAAGUGGGUAAAGGAAAAGUCUUCGGUACCCUUGGCAAUGACGACCAGGGACUGUUCGGCAAAGGUGGUUACAAGCAAGAAAUAUUCAAUGACAACAGAGGAAAAUUAGAAGGGCAAGCUUACGGUACUAGGGUUUUAGGAGCUGAUGGUGGUACCAGCAAUCUCGGAGGAAGAUUAGACUGGUCCAAUAAAGAUGCAAAAGCUGCGUUGGAUAUUAGCAAGCAAAUUGGUGGGCGUACCAGUGUAACAGCAACAGGGUCCGGAGUAUGGAACCUUGAUAAGAACACCCGUAUUUCCGCUGGUGGAGCCAUCUCUCAAGAAGUGGGACGUGGCAAGCCUGACAUAGCUGUACAAGGACAAUUUCAACAUGACUUUUAAUUUGUAAAGUAUAUUAUUCGUUUCAGUUACAAUAAAGUAACGAUAACUACUAUAAAAACAAGAAUAUUAAUAGAAUUUAUAUAAUCUUUAAUACAUAUUGCGGUACGAUAUUAGAGUAAGAAAUAAAUACGUCAUUUGAACAAAUAGGUACGUCUUAAAGUAUAUAUUUUAAUAAAUCAGACGCGUAAAUAUGAUAUUUUCAAUUUCUUUCUAAGACACUGAACAUGACUAGACAUCGGUUGAGUGCUUUGAACUACCUAUAGUUAGAUAUUUUGUCUAUGAUAAAAUCUUAAAAGAAGAUAAAUGAAAUAAAGUGAAAUGUGUUUUAUUUCACCGUAAAUUAAAUUAAUAGAGGAGAUGUGAACCUCAUAUAAAUUAUAAACAAUGAUGUCACCUUGAUGUUCCGCGUUCUUGAUGUUACGCAAAAAAAAUCAUACAAAUAGAAGAUAUUGUUAAUUUAACAAAUUUGAAGGUAGAUUAUUUACAAUCAUAUCAUCAUCAUCAUCAUCAUCAUAACAGCCAUUAAUUAUCCACUGUUGAACAAAGACCUCUCCUUAUUGGGGGAAUAUUAAUAUUUGCCACACUGAGCAGGCGGGUUGACAACCAUAGUUUUUUUGAUGAAUGAAAAUGGUAUGGUAACCCUGCCUGCGCUAACGGGAUGCGCUGGCGGAGCACCAGUGAAGGGUGUUAGAUGAGAAUGAAAACAGGCCAGUUAGCCCAUUAUGAUGAAUUUAGCAGGAAUUAACCAUGAUAGUUUCCAGGGAAAACCGCGAGGAGGUCCACCUGGUUGGGUAUAUUGCUAGCAAUGAGAUUCUCAGUCUACAUUACUAACAAUCCCUUUCCUGUUAGUAAUGUAGGCUUGGGCGAUGUUUUAAGAAGAACGCUGCUGCCUAUCCUUCAACCAUUAUUUUUUUCAUUUCUCAUAACAGAAACAAUAGAACGCCAAAUGCUUAUAUUCAAACUAUAAUGACAAUAUUGUAAAUUAAUAAUUUACGCACUGAAAGAAAUGGUGAAUUCAAUUUUUAGGGUUCGUGUCUCCAAAGGAAAAACGGAACCCUUAUAGGAUCACUUCGUUGUCUGUCCAUCCGUCCGUAUUUACAUAUAAAUGAGUAAGUUUAGAAAAAAAUUAAUGUUAUCAGAAUUGUAUUAAUUUAUUAUGGCUAAAUAUUGCAACAGUAAUUAAGAUUAAAAUUGAUAUUAAACGUUAAUUGAAUACAAAUGGACAUUUUCUCUACUACGUUGAGUGGCAGACAACAGGCAAGACUUAUUAUGGGUGCCCUAACUGGGCAUAUGCCAGUAAGGAGACGCAUACCAGAGGCUUACCAGAGGGAGACUUUGUACAAAAGUCGAUUGCUUGGGUACCUCUGUCCCAUUCGUGUUUCAACCGUAAAGCAGUUGUGUUUACAUGGCUGUGUUUCAGUUUGAAGGGUGGGUUAUGGCAGUGAAUUUACUGGGUACGGAGGAAUAACACCUGAGUUCUCAGGAAUGACAACGCAUGGGGGGUAUCAUGGGCGAAGCAUUAUACUCUGUUAUGUCCAUGGCACGGCUCAUGUCUAUAAGCGACGGUUACCACUUUCCAUCAGGUGGGCCGUUAGCUUGUUUGCCAUUCUAAGUUGUAUAAAAAAAAACAAUAUACAGUUAAACUGCAAUAAAGUAUUAAAGGUUUUUUAGUCUUUUAUUUAUAACUCUUAGACGUAAUAUUUUCUAGGCAAUCUAAAAAAAAAUAUAAACCUAUUAUAUAUAGACCGGUCUGUGUUUUUUACAGAUAAGCUAAAUUGCUAAAGGUUGGGUCUUGUGUAAUCGAAAUAAAAUACUAUAUUUUGAACAAAGAAUAUUAUUUCAAAAUAUCUCAGUAGAUUAAAGGUUAUUCUGUUAGCUGCCUCCGAUUAUUUAUAACAUGCACGUGAAUACUAAAUUUUAAACGAUUUUUCUUCUACUAUGCUACUAAUUUACUUUAUAGUCAACUAAAAAUAUUUUUAAUAUAUAUAUAUAUAUUUUUAUUUGGGUAAACUAACAAUGACAAAGUAAAGAAUAAUAUAUAAUAUCAAUAAAAGAAAACAUUGAGUAAAUUUGCCACCAACUUACCGCUUACCACAGGUUCGAUUCAAAUAGAUUCUGAUAUUUCUUCAGAUAUCUCAUUUUUUUUUAUUGUAUUUAUGUAUU